AUGGCGGCCCGGGAAAAUGUCCACGUGUGUGAUUACAAGCGUUGCGGAAAAUCGUUUUCUAAGGAAAUCCGGUUGGUAGAACACAAAAGAAUGCACACAGGAGAGGUAAAAAAAUGUUUUUCCGAUUUCUUCGAUGAAGUAAAACGCGUUGUGGGACUGUUAUUGCUUACUUAAUUAUCCGCAAAACUCGUCACUCUAAAACGUACCAGAUACGUUUGGCGCGCCAUAAAAUUAAUUUAAGUUAGGUACUGUAGCUCUCAUUUCUGUCCCUUUUCGCUUUAGUUAACUGUUUUCAACACUUUGUGUAUUUCUAACUUCUGUUACUUAGAUUUCUUGUUUGCAUGCCGAUGUUUCAAAUUUCGGCCCACUGCCUGAACAGAGAAUGCAAAACUUGUUUGGUUUUGUUUUGAUCACCGCUCCAAGGCUUAAGGAUCAGACGCGCUAGAUAAAUUCAUAUGAUAGAUAUAGUUUUGACUCCAAUGUUGCGAGCUUGCUUUUUAAUAUUUUAGUUCUAAUUUACAGUUUCAUUAGUCUUCCAAGUAUGUAAUUAUUAUGAUUAUUAUGAUUAUUUUUUUAGAUAAUGAACAAUGGAGCAGUAUAAGAAACUGACAAAUUUUAGUCUGUAUAUAUCUGCUGUCAGCUAACAAAUUUUUCAUUUAAUAUAACUCAUGCACAUAGUAAUAUUUUAUAUUUCUAAUCAAUCGGUUCACCGCCCAGCCUUUGUGAUUCUUAGUUGGAUCUGGCAUCCAAGUUUUUUAAACUGCCUUCAUAAUAGUGAUAAUAAUAAUAAUACAAAUACACUAACCUUUUAUUGAUAACCAAACUAACUAUUAAAACCUAUUUACAAUUAAUUUCGCUGAAGAAGAAAAAAAAUAUUCAGCCAAAGUGCUAUUUACAAGUCAUUUCAUUUCAUAAAGCUUCUGUUCAUUUUGAUUAAAAAAAAUUCAUGUCAAUUAAAAAAAAAACCUCAUUUAAAUUAAAAACAAUUCAUUUCGAUUAAAAAUGAAAUGAAAAUAUUGAAAAGAUCCAAAAAUACUAAUAGCGUUUAAUAAUAAUGAGAAUGAUAAUAAAAAGAUUAGUUAAUCUAUGCCUGUGCUUGUGUGGCUACUGCCUUACUUUUUAUAAUAUCAUAGUAUAAAAUUUAUACUAUGAUUUAUAAUAUGCUAUGUUGUAUUAGAAAUAUGUGUCUCACAAAACUUCACAAUGCUCAGAAAAAGGACCAACAUUAGAAAUAAAAGGGUAAAAAACCAUAAAAAAAAAGAAUGCUCCUUUGUUAGGUAUCAUGCUGUUGCUCAACUAUGCAGCUGCACCACAAGAGAUCACACUCUCUGACUUGGUGAAAGUAUUCUAUUUAAGGCAUAUUUUUCUUCGAAUAUUCUAGUGAUAAAGGCCGUCUGAGGCCAGUGAAACCGUAACAUGAAUGAAGAUAGAUUUCAGGAAAAUAUGAAAGGUUUUCACGAUAAAUAGUCAAACUUGUUAUUAUGCUGUUUAUUUUAUAGAGACCUUGUGUAUGCCCUCAUGAGGGCUGUCAGAAAUCAUUUAUCCGGGCUGUCCAUUUAAAAAGGCACUUGCUGUCUCAUAGUAAAGAAAAAGUUUUCAAGUAAGUAAAUAGUAUGUUGAAAUGACCAUCUGGAAGGGUGAGAUGGGUGAUAGAGAUAAACCCAGUGUAAUUGUAGCUAAGCCUUAAACAUGACCAUCGUGUAGGACAGUGUGUAUGUUGUUCUGCUGCAACUUUGCUACAGUGUUCUAGUCCAGGCACUCAAAAUUCUAAACCUACUCCAAAUGAAAUCUUAAUCAGAAACCCAAUUCCUCAUACCACCCACCAAUUUUCCAUUCAAUUUCCUGUCCAGGCAUUGGGUUGUUCCAGAAAAAAUCCACACCCCCCCGACGGAUGGGAUUCUGGAAAUUCUCGCGGGAGGGGGGGUCGAAGACUCCGGAAAUGCAGGCGGGAGGGGGGGUUGACCUUAAAAAAGUCUUCUGCAGGGGUCAUUUCGACCGAUAGUUGAUACAAAUCAAACGUUUAGUUCGAUGACACUUAAGCGCUUUCAGACCCUGAAAAUAGUCAAAAUGUUUUGUUCAUAUAUUUCUCACCUGACAUAAAUGAUAAUCUAAGUUGCUUUACAGGUCCUUUUAUAGCAGAAAACGCGAACAAGAUACUAAAUAACGGGCCUGAAGGAACUCGUCGCAACGUUGUUGUCACGAAGAGCGUCAAACGCCUGACACAUUUCUACUCGUACCCAGAGCCUGCGCGCCACAGUGUAUAACUUUGAAAUCUCGGUUGUUUGGUGUAAAUAAAAAUAAAAAAAACAACUGAUUCACGUUCACGCAUUCGCACUUUGUAUUUUUUAAGGUUUACUUUUUAAGUUAUCAGCCUAGUUUGCCUCUUUUUCAAAUAUGAAAAAAUGUCCCCAAAAAUUAAUAGUUUUUUUGAGAGAACAAAACAAACAGGUGCCAAAUCUGCAAGAGCCUGGUGAAGAAUUUGUUCAUAGUGGACUUUGUAUUUGGAUAAAUCUGAAAGCCAGGGCGGAUAAAGGUUGGGCGGUGAAACGAGCGCGUCCGAGCAAAAAGGUGUGAUGCAGUGGACUGGGACUCUGCUUAGAAAUGUCGCUUGUUUUCGACUUUGGCCGGGGCUUGCGAUGUGGGUUGUACAUUAGACAUGUACACUGCCGCUGUCACUGAAUUAUGGCGGCUUGACUUGUUUUCUUGCACUUCUUCCUCGUUCCUUUGUGCUGGUACGCUGUCUCCGAGAGGCAAAUGUUGCUAUUUUUUGAUUGUGGGAGGUUUAGCUGGAGUAGACAAACAUCUCUUUCAAAGGGUUUCUUUGAUUACUUCCAUGACUCUACCACUGAAUUAUAUUUUCGUUCUGCUACUCGCCAAUGUCGAUGUUAUUCCAAAACAAAAACAACUAAGUACUGUCUAAAACACGAAGGAAAAUCUCAUCCAUGUCAUCCAUGGCAAAACUAAAAGACAGCAGAUCGUGUUUCAUAACUAGAUGACGUGUAUUUUAUAAAUGCGUGCAGCUCGUGCAAGGUGAAAUUAUGCUAAUUUCAAUCAUCAUCAUCCUUCUUUUUUAUUUGGAAAAAAAACAGCGAACUCGUCUUUCUGUUUCCUCGAAACUUCAAAAUUAGUUUCCCCUCAGUUUUUACUGUUUACCUUGUUUUGUUUUAGAGAGAAAAACGGAGAAAAAACCUUACAACUAACCUCAAUAAAUUUUGUUUACAUGCGGUUACCGGAUUUGUAACGCAUUGCGCGAAUCGCCAUGGCGCGUUGCACCCGAGAAGCAAAGUUUGAAGAAGUACAACGCCACUAUAUCAAUAUAUAUCAAUCUAAUUUUUUGUUAUGUUAUAUAAAAUUUAUCCCCCUUUAGCAUACGUAAAAAUUGAGGUUAAGAAGUGUUAAGCUUUUGCAAACGAAACAGCGAAAGACGAUUAGGUGAUAUUUAGUGGAAGGAGGAGGAAUUCAACACUUUCAAACUAAACUCAAAUUUUGGCAUUAUACGACCGACAAGCUUGACUUAUAGACGUACAGACACAAACAUAUGAAAUUGUUUAUUGAUACUGUUAUGAAACGAAUUUAUCUAUUUAACAUUGUAGCCUGAAAUUACAGAAAGAAAAUAGGAUUUCCGGUUUGCUUAAAGGAAAAUUCCGCCGGCCUUCAAGCGCACCGGAAGCGCAGAAAGAGCGCUCGUGCCAGUCCUACUCCGCAUCACAUAUUAAAUGAAGAGCGGAGCGCUCGUUUCACCGCCCAACCUUUAUCCGCCCUGCUGAAAGCCAUCUUAAUCCGGUUUUAAAAUAAUUCGUUGGAUGAACAUGUUAAAAUUUCAUUUCGUGAAUGGGAGCUAUUUCAAGUGCUUUUGUCUUGGCUGCAUUCUCUUCAGCAUGACUGUUGCCUCUCCGAUUUAAACGAAAGCGAAACGACCUUUGUAACUAUGGCGGACUAAGAAAGCUGUUUAUAACGCGAAUUUGAACUUCCCUUCCAGUGCACAGUAGAACUAGAGAUCUUGAAGGUAGGAUGUGCAAAUGAAGUCAUCCAUUCUUUAAGUUAGAAAAUAAUUGUAACGAUUAACAAAUGUAGACUUUCGUUCUUUGAAAGAUUUCGUUGAUUUACAACAGUUAUGCACUUAUCAAUUGAAACCCCGACCCCCCCCCACCCCGGGCCAAGGUGGGGAUUUGACUUGACAUCAUUACAAAUCUUAGCAAACUCCCACCCUACUGGGGCAUAUUGACUGGUAAAACCCCCACCCAGGUGGGGAAACCUUUUUAAUUCCCUGACUGACUUUAUUAAUAUUUCGUUCGAAUUUUCAACUUCUUAAUAUUGACAAAUUUACUACAGCAAAAAGGCAAAUAUGAUAACAGACCAAGAUAUAAAUACAACAAAUAUUUGACAAUAAGUAAACAUAAUGACCCCUACCCACUUAUAAAAAAGUCAGGGUACAAAAUGGAUGAUGGAGUAGCACAUUGCUAUAAAGUUAUAUUAAAAGGAAAUCCAUUACCAUCUCCAUUGAAAGUAAUAUCUGCAAUGAUAAUUUUAAUUGAAAAUAGCAGCCAACAUACCUUAACCUUCACAAGCUGAUGUUAUAAAUAGACUGCAUAAAAUAGUUCCUAAUAGGAGCUAUAUUUUUUAUUUUGGCUUAAAGAAUGAGGAAAUAUAGAACUUCAGAAACCACAUGGGUUUAACACUAGACGUUAAACGAGCUGUGUCAUGAAAUUUACCAAAAUGUAGGCUGUGGGAACUGCCACCAAAUUGAGUGAAACAUAAAAAUAGCCGCUUAAGACAUUAAAAGAUGGUAUAAAUGACUCAGCAAAUACAAAAGAAGGUACAGAUGGGAAAACAUGAAGAAGAUUAAAAGCGGAUUGAAAUUUUGGUUUUUGAAAACUUGUUAACCUAACAGUUUUUCAAAGUUCAUUGUUUUUGUCCGUAACGCUUGAUAUGCUUGGGAGAAACAUCUGUUUAAAACGAAGCUUUGAUUUCUUCAUUUCUUUGCCAACGUAACGCUCAAAAGCGAAUAGGGACCACGAACUGGCAAUAUUAACAAAAUGAACCAGAUAGCCGUGACACAGCACCUUUUAUAAUAAGUAGAGGAGUUUGUAUCUGCAUUGUUUGAGAAGUUUUGAAUAACAAUAACAAUUUCCAGUCAACGAACCAUGAAAGCUCAAGGCAAAAUCGCAAAGGAUUAGUCUCAGUGAAGAAAUGAAAGGAAAAACAAUUAGGAAACUUACGGCCGAGCAAUACAUCAAAAUACCAGUGAUCACGUGAAGAAAUUACCGUGAGGAAACUAGGCACGAGUCAAAUCCCCACCUCGCUCCUCGACUUCCAUGGACUUCCAUGAAUAUGCUAAGCAAAUCCUGAGAAAUCCCCCACCCCCACGGGCUAACCAUGCCUUCAAAUACCAUAAAAAUCCCCCACAUUGCCCCACAUAAGCCCGGGGUGGGGGGGGUCGGGGUUUCAAUUGAUAAGUGCAUUACAAAAUCUCGAUCUUCAGUGGACGAGACUGACACGCAUGCUGCCGGCUGCCUUAUGUCUCGUAAAGGAAUGGAUAUUCAUAUUUAGCGCAAAGAAAGAAAAAGGUCACUGAUUUUUAUAAGCUAAGAAAUUAUGUAAACACUCGUUCAGGUGUCGUUCGCAUUUUUGUUUUUUGCUCCUUUCGUUUUUAGUUCCACGCGAUAGAAUUCUUAGUUUAAUAUAAGCUGAAGCUUUAGAAAUUAAAGCAAAAACAUUUAGACGUGUUUGCGUGUAUUUUCCAUUAAAAAUAAAUUAAAUUUAAGCCUUUUAUUUUUUGCCCGGAAAUCCAGGCGGGAGGGGGGGUCUUCCACCUUGGAAAUCCAGUUGGGAGGGGGGGUCUUGUGCUUCAGGAAAUCCAGGUGAGAGGGGGGGUUAAAAAAGGACCCCAUCCGUCGGGGGGAUGUGGAUUUUUUCUGGAAUAACCCAUUAAAAAAAAAAAAACUUUGAUUUCUUUGGCAUAUCCCAGGCUAAGCCGCUUGAAAUUCCUAACCCCCAACCCCCACUUUUCUCUGUUAUUAAACUUUGUGGCUUAUGAAAGCUUAUGAAAUCCACAAAACAUUAAUCCAACUACUGCAUUUACUCGUGAUCAUGAUCAAACCCUUUGUUUUAGGUGCAGUCAGUGUGAAAUGUCAUUUGUGACCAAACACAACUGCAAAAGGCACGAACAACGUGCUCACAACAGGCCUUUCAAGGUGAUUUAGAGAAUUCUAUUUUCUUUAAUCUAGUGUUAUUUUAAAGGCAGCUAUUAGGCAACAUCCAAAUAUUAGAGUUUGUAUAUGGCAUGUUGUUUGAAAGAUUGAUUUAAAAUAAUGAGGGAGACCUUGGGUGCUUCUAAAAAUAGUCAGUUAAAAGGCAGAAGAACAAAGGAAAGGUUAAUGAAAUCCUCAUUCACAUCUAUCCUCCUUUUCACAGCAGCUUUGAAAAAGUACUUCUCCUCUACUCUGCACCAUUACGUUUUGCUUAUAGUGCCCUCUUCCUGCCUGUUUUCCCCUUUUUGGCCUCAAAUAGCCACAUUAAAAGCUGCAAUCAAAAUGUGACAUUAUGUUUGUACUUAAUUCAAACAUUUUGAAACUUUUUCACCAUGCACUGUUAUCUCAGACUAGUAAUGAGUACUCAAUACAUGCACUUGACAGUGUUGCUUGUUGUUAAUCUGUACUUUUGUGCUAAUUGUUUGUAUUAUGUUGUGAUUUUUUAUAUACACUUUUCUUUUGGAUUGAUCUUAACAGUGCCCUUAUGAAGGCUGUGAGCUGGAGUUCAUGAGAUGUAAUCAGCUGAAGAUCCAUCAGUUUGCUCACACUAGUGAAAAACCUUUCAAGUUAGUAAACCUAUGCAGUGCCAAUAAUUUUUUUUAUAUCUUGUGCAUAGUACUUAAGGCGAAAUGGGCAAAACAAAUUUCUAAGUGAUUAACCAAUAAAUUAAACUCAAUUUUGCAAUGUAUGCAGGGCUGGCAAAAGGCAAAAAUCAGAGGAUUAAGACUGCUUGCAAUUCAAGAUCCGAUCAUUUUUUUCUGAGGCCCAAAAUUUCCUACAUACCAUUUUCCCACACCCAUCAAUGUGAAUGAGAAAAUAAUGAACGACACAUUACUUACUGUGGACCAACUUUCCAUGAAAAAUAUGAUUUAUCGUACAUUACAGUGUUUUAAGCAAAAAUUCUUUAGAAAAAUGCCCUGGAGAGAAAGACUCUUCAUCUAAACAAGCAUACAAAUGUAUACUGCUACGAAUGUAGUGGUUCAAAUUCAGUAGAAACCAAACAGCCCUCUGAUUUUGUGUUCUAUAUUUUAGUCAUAACUUUGCACUUGUACCAAAUUGUGGUCCCAAUAAAACAUUUUAAGUCCCCUUUCCAGGUUGUUAAGGGUCAAAUAAUUUAUUGGUAGUUUUAGACUAGUGAGGUUAAAAUAAUGUAAAUGUUACUUACAAAUAAUAUUUUAUGGUAGGUGUAAAGAGAGAGGUUGUCUAGCCAUGUUUGAUUCACCUGGAAAACUAAAGCGUCACCAAAAGAGGCAUGAUGAAGGUAAACCGUGAUCAACAGCAGUCUUAAUAACAGAAGCAUGCAUAUAAUAAUACCAACUCCCAAAUCAUCCUGGAGCUUCUUUCCUGGUUUAUCCUUAAAGAGUUCAAAAAAUCUACCAGAUAAAAAAGUCUUUUGAGCUUUUCUUUGCCAUAUAGUCUAGAAAUUCCAUAAAAUAUAUUAUUUUUUGUAAUAAUAAUAAUAAUAAUAAUAAUAAUAAUAAUAAUAAUAAUAAUAAUAUUUAUUUAUUUAUUUUAAAUUUUAUAGUGGGGUUUCUGGCUUUGAUCAGGUUUUUAGUUUACAGCGAUUACCACUAAUAUGGGCCCUCGAAGGGUUUUUCUCUCUGUUGAAAUCUUUUUGUGGAUGUCAAUAAACUGUUUCCAUAGUUUUCUCACGUGCUCUGACAGAGAUUGUGCAAAACAAAGAGCUCUCUGAAAGCUGAGUGAAAUAGACGAAACACUCUCCAUAGUUUGCGUAAAGGUUUUCAGGUUGUUUAUUUAUUUGAUUGUGUGAAAACACGGGAGCCGUGGACGAAUUGCCAAGGAGUAGAAAUUCAAAAAAAUGAAAGAUAUCACACUGACAAGGGAAAAAAGUUUCCUCUAAAUGGAGGCUGUUUUCGAAAAUGAAUUUUGUAACCUGCAGAUCUACUUAUCAUUCUUCAUGUUGUUGAAUAGAAUUCAGAACUAGUAAGAACUCAGAGGAGUUGUGAGUGUGUAUUGAGAAAGCUUAUGUGGUUGUAACUUACAGUGUUUAAAUAAGUUGAUAAUUUGAGUCCCCCCCUACAAACACUCAACAAAUUUGUACUCCUCGUAAUCUUGACAUGAAGCGGUGUCAGAUCUUGUAGCAAAAUAUUGCAAAAAUGGUUUAAAUGCCAACAUGUUCCUCCGAGUGCUCUGGAAAGGGGGAAAGAAUCUUCUCUUGGCCAAUGUGUGAAAACCAUGGUAACGGUUGAUUGACAAAAAAACCCUGAGUAACUUUUUUUUUGUAAUUUUUCUCAUCUAAGGGGCAGCACCCUUCUUUCCAAGAUGUCGCAAUGAUGCUUUUGCUUAUGAAUGGUUGCGGAAGCAUGUGUCAUCCCACAAGUGUGGCAUAUUUUGUGAAGGAUAACAACAACGACGACAAAAAGAUCAUCUGAUGUCAUCCGUGUAUCUGUUUUUUGUCUUUGUUGGAGACGAAGUUGUGUUAGGUUUGUUAAAAUGACCAUUUCUAGGUUGAAAAGCACAGAAGCUCAGCCCAACUUCAAGGUUUUGUCCUUAAGCAAUACUACUAAUGAUCUAGUCUUAUUUGCUAGUUAUUCAUAUCAGUUCAUCUUUCUUUCACAACAACUGAGCGAUUUCUUGCUCACUGAUUGGUUGAUGAGCUAUGGUCUUUGAUCUUGUAGACCAUGGAAAUGAGGUUAUGAUGGCACACUUUGCUUUUCUCAUAGCGCAAAAGUUCUGAGGAACUUUGCCAGAAAUGGGCUGAACAAUGUCAAUGAAAAAAUAGCCCAAGAAUCAAAAAACAAAUAAUAUUUUUUAAAGAAACAUAGCAUUGAAACGUCUAGCUUGCAGCUCGUGGUUCCACUUGAGUUUGUGCAUUUUGACAUCAUUUCUACCAGACUGCAUAUGCUUAAAAUCAACUUAAGUUCUCAUGGUUGAAAUUUGUUUUAAAGUGGUCGAUUUUUUGUCUUAUUUUCGGCCAUUUGUACACAUAAGGCACGACAUUUGUAAUAUAUUGUUGAGUUACGACUUCCAAAUUUUAUGCUGUUCUUACAUUAUAAUGAUUUAUGCAGAGUCGGUUUUAAGUGAGGGUUAUUUAUAAUCUCUUAAUCUCUUUGUUAUUAUCUAAAAUUAAGGAAACCGCUGGUGUUAUUUCUUAGCAAAUAAGAAGUAUCAAACACUGGCCUUACUUGUUCCUGCCCUGCUCUUUGUUCGUCAGCUUUUUUCGGACGUCUAACUGGUCCGCACGGAUGUCGCAGGUCUGUCACUAAGAUUUUUAUUUGCUAGGUAAAUACAACACAUUGGUGGGGAAUUACAGUCUAAACAACUAGAGAUUUCUUUUGCUUCUAUUUUUGUACUACAGUAGAACCCCGAUAACUCGAACUCCCUGCUAACUCGAACUAAGUCCUUAAUUUUCCUUGGAUUUUACCCCACUUUUCAGUCAUUUUAACUCGGUUAACUGGAACUAGGAUAACUCGAAUUCCUCGUUAACUAGUAUUAUAUUUUUUUUUCCCUUGAUCAAAAAGUCACUGAAAUUUACCCCGGUAACUCGAACUGCGGUUCUCUUAACUCCACUCGGAUGCUAUCCCAUUAGCUCUUCUUGCUGUAUAAGGGUAAAAACACCAGAACUAACACUGUUCAUCGCUUGAUCAAUUUCAUUUAAUUGGUGAAACGAACAGACCACGUUUUAUCAUAAAAAAUACCUAAUCACGUUACCGUUUUGAUGAAAAUUUGUUUGCACUGCACCAUACACUGAAGUGCUGGAAAAUUAGUGACUACCAAUGUUUAACAUGGCAGAGUAAAUUUUGCAAUCGACCCUGAAAACUCGAACUGUUUUUUGUUUCCUUUCAGAGUUGGGGUUACAAAGGUUCUACUGUAUUUGAUUUUUAUGGAAGUAGCUGGGGGUUCACUUUUGCAGUAGCCAGGGGAAAAUCCCUGGCCUUCUGCCCUAAAUGACAAGCCUGUGUUUGUACAGUGUUUAUCUUUACUGUGAAGAAUGAUUGGUCAGUCAAGAUUGUAUUUUGGUUUGUUUUUGCUUUCAUUCAUGGCACUCACUUUAGAACCACUCUAUCGUGAUUGUAAUUUGAAUAUAUUGUAUAUAAAUAAAGGCAUAUGAUUUAAAUUAUCAAAAAUGUAAGUAAAAGUCAAAUUUUUACAGCUCCAAGCCAGCUGCAAAACGUUUAUUUUUACGGUCAACAGUGUGGGCAUCCUUUGUAAAGAAAAAUAAGUUUAUUAAUAUUUGCUUUAUUUCUGGUCGUAUUUACUUGUAACAUUGUUUUGGUCAUAUUUUCUUUUAUUUUCUUUUAACAUUUUCUGUAAUUAUGAAAUUAAGAAAAACACAAGGAGUGUUUUGCAUAUCGCUAGGAAUUAAUUCUCUAAUAUUGCCAACUAUUGAUUGAACAUUGCACAGUAACGGGCUUGUACAGUAUGAUUUAAACGCUCAAGUUCCUGCACUUGAAAUUAGUAAUUUUCAGUAGCUUUCCGCUUUUGAAUUGUGAGACUUUAGGAUUUCAUCCACAGUUCCAAAAGGUCGAACCAAUUUUUACAGCAUAACAUACAGUACGAGAAUCGCAAUAAGCUUCAUUCUCUUAGUUUCACUGUGGAACUUUCUCCACACUACAGUUGGUACACUGAACAUAAUCAUACACUGAGUAACUCAAGCCCAUGACAUCCAGAGUGGCCGCAGGAAAGGUUAACAUAACACGUUUUAGUGUUUUUAAAUACAGUUUGUUUAAUUUGGAAUUGCUUCCUGUGGAAGUCAGAAUUAUCAGUAAUUUGUCACUAAUGUUUGUGUAUCGCGUUCUCUGUUUUAAGAGUUCUGCGUUUGUUGUUUUAGUUCAGGACCCGGUAGUUUAAACGUUGAAUAGCGUUGUCCAUCGCAUAAAUCGCUAUCCGGAGGAUAAGUAUUAGGGAAACCAAU